AUGUCAUGUGGAGAGGUUUCGGUCCGGCGUCCACAGAGCAAGAAUUCGCGAAGCUUCUUUGCUUUUUCGUUUCACGCUUGGUGGCCUCGUGGAGAGCAGGGUUUCUCCAAGCUCGUCACGCUCGACGCUAAAGAACGUUGUGGAGAUGAGCCGUCUCUCAGACGCCUAUCACAAACGCCAUCCACAGGCGCGGAGGCCGAAAUGAAAGGGAACCAUGUGCAAGACGGGGGGAAAAAAGGCGAAAGUUCUUCUGCUUUUGAGCGGAGCAGUGGAAGGGGGUUCAUACACACCCGGCCAGCAAUGGUCCUUCAGGAUCUCUCGUUGGAAGUUUGGACGCCUCGUGGGAUCUUGGGCCUUCGAUCCAAGUUCCCGUAA